UAUAUCAAAAAGUAAAAUAAUUUUUACUCAAGUUGUCCAUAAUUUGCUGACACUCUGUCUUUAGCUUAUGCCUGGGCAAAAAAAUUCGCUAAUAUUUCUAUCAUUAUUACUCGAGUUUCAAUCGUGAUAACAACUAAUAAAGAAUGAAUUUAUUUUGUGAAAUUUAACAAAGUAAGUUAUUAAAAAAAAAAAUGUCGAAAUCAUUUUCAUUUUCAAGUAUCUUUGUAGUGCUGUUAUCAUUUUUAAUACUAUCUAGUUACUCGCUAUGUGACUCUAACAAAGGUCCAAGAAGAAGUCGGCGUAUCUUGGAUGAACGUCAACAUCUUCGCGAUAUUCUGCAAGAGCUACAGAAAAAAACUCGGCUGUAUUCCUAUUCAAUUGAUCGAUUCAACCAGAAUGCAAACAGAGAUUCAACACAGCUAAAACAAAAUGUUGUUAAAGGAAAAAAAAAUGAAAAACGUCAAGUUAUCGGAGAAAAUUCUUUAUUAAGUGAUUGCUACCAACUUCGUGAAAAAUGUUUUUAUAUGAUCUAUUUAAUCAGAUCUAAUGUGCAAGCAGCCGAAAUCGCAUUAGCUAACAUCAAGAAUGUGAUUUGGAGAUUCCAGCCUCUUGAUCUAAGUACAGGAGGCUUGAUGAAGUGUCUCCAGUGUUCUCAGUAUGAGCAGGAUACCCCGAUCCCAUUCCCAACAAGUUUGUAUCCCGCUGACUUGACCGCUCCCGAAAAUGUUAUUUCUUAUAAUUAUAGCUAUUAUAUGCCAGCUUACUACAGUAACCCAAGCUCUAAAAAUAAUCCUGCUACUAACAACAAUAAUUAUCAAAAUCUUUACACUGCUCCUGAAGCUUAUGGUAGUCCUAAUACUUUAAAAAAUAUGUAUUCUAAUAAUCAACCAAAUUUUUAUAUCCCGAAUCUUAAAAACAAUCCGAUUUCUUAUCGUGUUCCUUAUUAUAAUAAUAAUUUCAAUUACCAAUUUCAAAAUCUUCAUUCUCAAAAUAAUCAUAGUAUUGCUAGACCUGAUAAAAAUUCGAAUCUUAACUUCGAUUCAGGUUUGAAAGUGGUAGAUAGAAUGAUGACUCGUGACACCAAAAACAAGAAUAAUAUCAAGCAGAAUUACAGUGAUGUAAUUACUAAGGACCCUUCGAUUUUAAAAACAUCACAGUUUUCUUCAUUAAAAGGAGAGACUAACCAAGGAAUGCAAUCACGAGAAUCGACUAGCUUAUCAUCAAAGUCGGCGAAGGACAGCAAUUCUGUGUCACCUUUCAUAUGUUAUUGGCCUUCUGUAUGUUUUUUCAAUCAAGUCUCAGGUCAACAAGUCCAGGCUCCUGAAUCAGCAACUAUCGAUUCCCUCCCGUCGGUUUCUCGUAAUUUAUCAUGGAAUCCAGCCAACUCGGGUCCAAAUUUUGGAAGUUACAACCCGUUUAUUUCAUCAAAAAUCCCUCAGCCUUGUCCACAGUUUUUCGGAUCUAGUGAACCUGUAGAAAAUCUUGAAGGUCACAGUACAGUUAAUCAACCAGUUAUAUGUUCUCAUAUUCUACCCUAUGAUUUUCAAGAAAAAUCUGGAUAUCGUGAUUCUGGUAAACAGGAAAACAAGGACAAUGAUCCAAGAAUCGAGUUAAAAAAUCGAGAAUACUACUUUUAUAAAAGUGCCGAACAGACAACCGAAGCAUUUGUCAGCAAGAGUGAUGAAGCUACUCCAGGUGAGGUUUUCGAGGAAGUAGCGGUCAAAAAUUUUAACAGUCCAAAGGCAGCUGAAAAGCCAAUUGAUAGUGAAAAUUCAUAUAGAACUGUAACUUCGAUUUAUCCAAAUGAAAUCAGCUUAAGUGACCAGAAUGAGAUAGACCUCAAUACAAUUUUGAGAAAUAACGAAAAUGUCACGGAUGACACAGGAGACGCAGUAAAUGAAAUGUUAGAAAGCACUAGCAGCAGAUAUGAUUAUGACAAUAAUAUCCUGGAGAUCGACGCAAGAAUACAUAAAGAAGACGUACCAACUAAAGCUUCUAAUGACACAUGGAAAUUGAUUGAAAACGACAAUGAUUUUAUUUGCUCAAAUAUAACUCAAGUUAUUUCGAGGCUUUUUAGAUGCGACAAAAAAUUGGACUGUGAAGACGGAACAGAUGAACUUAAUUGUAGGUGUGUUGAUAUUUUGACCAUCAAACACCCUCUAUCGAUUUGUGACGGACGUAUCGACUGUGCGGAUAAAAGCGACGAACUCUAUUGCAGUGAUAGGAGUAAUAGCCAGGACACUUAUCUCUGUCCUCGAAGUGCUGUUUUCAUUCCUGCGGAGAAGAAAUGCAAUGGAAAGACGGACUGUCCAUUACAUGACGAUGAAAAGGACUGCUAUGCAUUAACAAAUGGAAACCGCAUCGAAUUAGAUUUAGAAGGUUCAACAACACUGAAGAAAAAUGGAAUUGUAUCAAUCAACAGGGACAAUAUUUGGAGUAUUUUGUGUUUUGACAAUACAACAGACUUAGAAAAGACAGCCGAUAAUUACUGUAGCGCGGUUGGCUUCUACAAACACGAAUCAGCUAGUUUCCACUAUGUUGACGAAAAAAUAUUGGAAGUCUAUCCAAGCUCAGAAAUCAGUUCAAUAACUUUCAACCGCAGAGAAGUUCUUAAAAAUAUUUUACGAAAAGAUUCUGGUGCUGUGAUGUGUCACGCUCUUUACGUAGACUGCUCAAUGAAUUUUAACAAACCCGUAUAUGAUUACUUAUACAAAAGCAACUUGACUAAUAAUGAAACAUAUUUAUUACCGUGGGAACCGGCCAUUUUCGUGGACGGUAAAUACUAUUGCCCUGCGUUGUUAUUAAACACCGAAUGGGCUAUGACUUCUACACACUGUACAAAUGAUAUCAACCUCGACAAAAAUAUCACUGCCAUUAUAGCAGGGUUGUCGAUGCCUCAUCAAUAUGUAGACGGACCUCAUCAGCAAACUAGGAUGGUGAAUCACAUCGAGAACCUUGACCAAUUUCACACCAGUUUACUGCACUUUGAUAAAUUACCUGUAACUCGUUACAUCAAACCAAUAUUUAUCAAUAAUAGGCCAUUAGCUGCUUCAGAAGGAGAUUAUUGCCAAGCUACAGGAGUCAAUAAGAAGUUGGUGAAGAAGUCUGUAGGAUUUGAAGGAGUUGUUGAAGAUUGCCCAUUAUGCAAAAGAUGUUUCAGAGACUUAUUGAGAAAUUGGUGCCCUAAAAAUGGAACCAUGGAAAAAUGGAGUGGAUUUAUAUCAUGCCACAAUCCUCGUGGGUGGUAUCCAGCAGCUGUUUUCCAUGAAAGAGACAUUCUUUGUGAAUUCGAGAACCCCCAGGGACUUAUCGGGAUCGACGAAAUGCUUCCUCAUUUAACAAUAAUCAUGGGUAAGACAGCAAUCAAUGAAAAUAACUUCAAACUUCCAAAUGCGCAGUGCGAUACUGAUGGUAUGAAAUGUACUGAAGGUAAAUGUAUUCCAUUUGAAAGAAUUUGUGACGGUAUCCAAGAUUGCCGAGAUGGAUCCGAUGAAAAUGAAGACAACUGCCUCAGGAAAAAAGCCUACUGCAAUGAUUUAGUGGACGAUGAACCUAAUAAUCCUUUGUGUGGCAUAAGAUGCUCUAUUCGCCAGUUAAGAUGCGAAAAUGGUGACUGCAUAUCGAAAGAUUUGUUUUGUGAUGGCUACGCCGAUUGCGGAGACGGCAGUGAUGAACCAUUGGGCUGCAGUUGCAGAGAUUACCUUCGUCUAACAUCACCACAUCGUCUAUGUAAUAAGGUUCGAGACUGUUUCGACAAAUCUGAUGAAGUUCAGGAGUAUUGUGGCUGUUCCAAUGACCACUACGAAUGUUCUAACAGUACUAUGGCUAAUGGAGAAAAACAGUGUAUUCCUUAUGACUUUGUGUGUGACGGACAAAAAGAUUGUCUUCACGGAGAAGACGAGUUUUUCUGCAGGAUGGUACAAAGUGCUGAUGACACCUUUGCCGCAGGAAGGGUGUUGAAACGCCAACUUGGAGUCUGGUUUGACGAAUGCUUCCCUCAUCCAAUCAAUUCUGACCGACAAGCUUCAAUAAUAUGCACAACGAUGGGAUACUCCGGUGGUGUGCUUCUGGACGAGGAAUCUCGUAGUGCAUAUCCACCCCCGCAGACUAUACACGAAGCUCUAUAUUAUACUAUAAACUUAAAUGGCUUGGCUUUGAUCAUUCUCAAAGAUGAUGUACCAUCCGCAACUUUAGUAACUCAACAUAAUGAGUGCAAUCGUGCUUUUGUUAAAUGCUUUCAUUAAUAUCAUUCUAUGACAUUAAUUUUUUUAUAUCUAUUUCGUAUCUUUUUCGUAUUUUAGCUUUCACGCUAACGAUCGAACAGAACUUUUAUACGAUAAACUUACUAAAAAAAGUAUAUUUACACUCUCAAGUUGAAUAACAAAGUAUACUCUUACAGGUGCUCAAGGCAUAAAACGAUCUAAUGAAUAUUUUAUUAAGUAUGACGGGUGACAGUUUAAUAUUUUAAAAAUGAGGGAGUAUUAUAAUUUAAUGUGAUAGAAAAAAUAAUUUCUAUAGCUAAUGAAAACUGUUGAAGCUAAAGUUUUUUAAUUUAUCCAGGUAAAGCAUUUAUAACGAUCGUUGGAUUUCUUUUUUAGUUAAUGUAUAUUCAAAAACUUUUU